AUGAGUCUUAAAGAGAAGGAUGUAAAAAAGUUGGUCACGCUGGACCUUCUCCAGAUGGUGAGUCUGGUGCCAUGUGAGCAGGAUCUGGUGGUGGAAAGUACCACCGGGGAGAACGACACGCCUGGUCAGUCUACCGAGGGCACAGAGCAAAUGACUGAUCGGCAUUCUCCUGGGCCUUCUCCGUUUUCCCGUAGACCUGGUGACUUAGUCAUUAGAGAGCCUGAUCCUCAGCAUUCAGACAUGUUCAGAGAUUGCGUUGCUUCAAAGAGGAAAACUGGUGAUGGAAGUGGCUCUACGCCUCCACAGAAGAUUCAGAAGGUAGUACCGCCAAGUCAAGGGAGGCAACCUGGGGGACCAACUACACUUCCGCCAUUGACCCCCUCUUCCCUUCCUCCUUCUGCGAGCCUAACUCCUACUCACCAGGGUAGUUCGAGUGAGCUUUUUCGUGCUGUUAGCGACCUGGGCAAGGGGCUUCUUGAGGAUAUUGGCCGUGAUGCAUCGACGCUUCAAAGCCUAGACUCCUACCCUCGACUUAGUGUCGAAGUUGUCUUGAAGAGAGGACUCGCUCAAUUGAUGAAGUCACUUGUCACCAUUGGUCAUGCUCAGCUUCGAGCCGUAGAUUACAAGGAGCUGAUCAAGGUGCAGGACGAUCAACUGGUGGAGGCCAGGUCCAAGCUGGAGCAAGCAGAGAGAACUAUAGCUGAACGGGACGAGUCUCUCAAAAAGCAGGCUCAAAACAAUGCUUCCUUGACAACUCAAUUGGAGAAGCAAUCCCUCGAUAUUAAAGAGUUAGUUCGAGACAAUGAGAGGUUGAUUAGCGAGAACGAAGAGCUGAAGCAAGAAAAAGAGCUUGACUUGAUUCGCUUUGAGGAGGCCAGUUUUGACUGCUUCUAUAAGGUCUGGAAGCUGAACAAGCCUCUUAAUCUUGAUUGUUUCCCCAAGGAGGCCCAAGCAGAGGAUCUUGCCAGAUGUGAAGCAAGAGCCGCUGAAGAAGCUGCCAACCCUCCUGCACUCGCCCCAACGUGCUCUGCUAUAUCAUUUCGAGCGAGAGGAGCAUCUGAUGCAGAGGAGGGAGUCGAUCAACCCUCUAGAGGAGCUCGCCUGUGACUCCCUCUCGUAGUUCAUCACAGUCUACUUUACUUUGUAUUUUGUUGCUCGAACUAGUGAGCUAUUUUGACAUUUAGCACUUUACUCUUUCCUUGUUGACAAUUUCAAACUUCU